UACCUUCAUCUAUGAUUCUCGCAAGGAGUUCGCUAACAAAAAAAACUACUGUUUCGAGGUAACUAGUGAGUUUUUAGGUUUCACUUGUUGUAAUAAGCAACUGGAAGCAGCAAUGAAAGGAGCAAUGGGCGGAAAGGAUCUCUUAUCUGCUGCCGAUGAAAUUCAAAAGAUGGCCGAAUCGACACUUGGUGGGAAGUUUGAAACAGUGGUCGCACUUGACGAUUUUGCCUACAAAUCCCAUUUCAAGGAAGGAAAAACGUGUAAGAUCGAAAAGAACGGUCAGUAUGCUCUUGCAUGGCAGCCGUGA